GGUUCAACAAAACGAUUUGUUCAUGAGUCGCUCACGACCACGCGGCGGCAAACAGCAGCUCGGGAAACGAAAAGAAACGUUGCAAAUAGCUACGGUCACGUUUUCGCUUCGUGAACGCUGCGCUGCAUCAGGAAAAAUCUCCAGCAACAGAAAACGCUGCGAGUCGCGCUGUGUGUAGCAGCUUCGCUAAAGGGGGCAGAUCGGAGACUCGGGCGAGCAGAAACAGAAGAAAGGAGGAGAAAGAGCAGAAAGGGCACCUGUGACCUGAGCGAGGACUUUGCAUCAGGGCGCCGAGCUGGAUUUAUGAGACGAGGCUAACGAAAGGGACAGAGUUGUGCUAGUGCUGAUCUCGCCAUCGGGAGCAGAGCAGAAGUUUUGUUGUUGUCUUUUUUCGGUCCGGCUUGUUUUUGUUGCAGAGAAAGAGAGAGCGCGAGGAGAGGAGAGGGAGGUAGAGGAGGGGGGCUGCUCGGCAGGAAUGUCCCAGAAGGAGAGACCCACUUUCUAUCGGCAGGAGCUCAACAAAACGAUAUGGGAGGUCCCGGAGAGAUACCAGAACCUCUCCCCGGUCGGCUCGGGGGCUUAUGGAUCCGUGUGCUCAGCGUAUGACGUCAAGACAGGCCUGAAGGUCGCCGUGAAGAAACUGUCUCGGCCUUUCCAGUCCAUCAUCCACGCCAAGCGCACGUACAGAGAGCUACGGCUGCUCAAGCAUAUGAAGCAUGAAAAUGUGAUCGGCCUCUUGGAUGUGUUCACGCCUGCCACCAACAUGGAAGAAUUUAAUGACGUGUACCUGGUGACUCACCUAAUGGGUGCUGACCUCAACAACAUCGUCAAGUGUCAGAAGCUGACGGACGACCAUGUGCAGUUCCUCAUCUAUCAGAUUUUACGGGGCCUCAAGUACAUUCACUCAGCGGACAUCAUCCACAGAGAUCUGAAGCCCAGUAAUCUGGCUGUAAAUGAAGACUGUGAGCUUAAGAUUCUGGACUUUGGGCUGGCGAGGCACACAGAUGAUGAGAUGACGGGCUACGUUGCCACGCGAUGGUACCGUGCCCCAGAGAUCAUGCUGAACUGGAUGCACUACAACAUGACAGUGGACAUCUGGUCUGUCGGCUGCAUUAUGGCUGAGCUUCUCACUGGACGGACCCUCUUCCCUGGCACUGACCAUAUUGAUCAGUUGAAGCUUAUCAUGCUGCUCGUCGGAACCCCAGGGCCCGAGCUCUUGAUGAAAAUAUCUUCAGAGUCUGCCAGAAACUACAUUAAUUCCUUGCCACAUAUGCCAAAGAGGAACUUUGCUGAUGUAUUUAUUGGAGCAAACCCAUUAGCUGUAGACCUGCUGGAGAAGAUGCUGGUUCUGGACACAGAUAAGCGGAUCACGGCCUCGGAGGCCCUCGCCCAUUCGUACUUUUCCCAGUACCACGAUCCAGACGACGAGCCAGAGGCUGAGCCAUACGACCAGAGCUUCGAGAGCCGAGAGCUAGACAUCGAGGAGUGGAAAAGGCUGACCUAUGAGGAGGUGCUUAGCUUUGAGCCACCUGUGUUUGAUGGAGAUGAGAUGGAGUCGUGAGGAGGCGCCACUCCUGCUUCCCGUCUUGGAGUGACGGAAGGGCUCAUUUACCCGCCGACCACCUCCACUAACAGGACGUUAAAGGAUCCGUUUGACUGAAAAUGCUAGUUGCUAAUCAUGAAUGAAGACUAAUAAACACUAGUUGGCUUGGUCCAAAGUGGUAUCAUGCUAACUGGCAGCUAGCUUUCAUUGAUUUUUAGCAAAGCAAGCUUUUAUUUCUUGGUCAAAUUGUUCCUUUAAAGUGCCUGUGCCACCAUUCAGUGCUGGCUUCCUGAUUCGCCCGAAGUUCAGAGACUUCUAUCUCUCCUCACACACGUGCUGUGCUAUUCGUGGACGGAGGAAAAAGAAAACACACACACACACACAGCUCCACUAUGAUGUUAAAAUGGACGCAGAGAAUGUAGUUUUACUAAGUCAUUUUUUUCCUUCUUUUUUUUUAUAAACUGGUCAAUGAGAUGGCCAAAAGUCUAUAUGUAAUAAUAAUUAAAUUCGAGAAAAAUAUUUACAUAUAUAUUUAAAUCUGGGGAAGAAAAAGGCAAUCAUAUCUCAAGUCUACCAAUAUAACAUCUUUUGGCCUGUAGUUUCAUUGCGUGUUGCUUCCCAAAGGACAUUUAUUAAUAUCUACCUUCAAAGCUACCACUCCUUUUAGCCUGUACAGAAAUAAUGACCAUAAGAAAUUCUUAAAUGACAGACAUAUCUGUGUUUUUAGUGAUGUAAAUAAAAUAAUACACAUGUAAAUAAUAUCGUGCAGCAGCAUUUAAUUGAAGCAGUGAGCGUCGCUGCUCUGAAUGUGGAUGACUGAACUGCGGAUCUAAUCAAUCGGCGGGAAUGUAAAAUGUAUGUAAUGUAAUUUGACAAGCUUAUGUUCACAUAUUUUUCAACUCUACACUGCCCCUGUGUUUCCUAUAGCAGAAUAUAACAAAUCGGUAAUGUUUUUCUAUUGACACACUUCCGUUCUUCCAUGUUUUGGAAAUUACUUAAAAAGAAUUACUCCCUUAGCGAUAGAUGUAGGCAAAAGGAUGGCUGAUAUGAUGUGUAUGCUUGAAUGCAUCUGUGCGAUGAGAUUCCUACCGAAUAUUGUUCUACAUGGCCUGAAGUGCGUCCUCCUGUGUUUUGAUUCUGAUUCCGCUUUAGAUGAGUAUUUGACCACCUGCUUCAUAGGCUGGCAACCCCUCAUUUUUCUUUUUGUUUUCUGUAUUUUAACUUAUUAUUUAUACAAGUUGUGAGAAAAUUCUGGAUUUAAAUUGAGAACAUCCAAACCAGAUUCAUGUACAAGUCUUAGCAGUUGUGUUGAUACUCUUUUUCUAAGUUUUUGCAUAAAUAAAUGCUUAAAAUGUAAACAGUCAGUCAGAGUGAUUUGAGGUGAAAUGCUUUCUUCAAGAAAGAAUUGUUCAUAGUGGUGGUGAUAGGAACCAGACGUCUGCCUCUAAAUGCUACCUCACAGAAAGCUAAUACAUGAAAGUGUUAGGAAUACACUGCCUGAGAUAAUGUUUUACAAUAGUUUUGAUAUUAGGUUUUGGCUUAAAACUGAUUUUUUAAAACUCAAUUUAUGGAGGAGAGGAGUGGUAUGUGCAGUUUUAUAAAGUAAAAAUAUUUUUAUGUUUCCCUCAGAUUCACCACUACUUUACCAUCAUGACCAUUACAUAUAAAACUCAGAAGACACGAGUAGGUCUACUGGUGUUGUGCAUAGUAAAUAAAAUGGCUAUAUUUGUGACUAAGACAUCCUGGUUUCUGUCACCACCACUGUAGAGAAUCUGAGUCCGUUUUUUUUUUUUUUUCCUUUUUUCACACCAGUUACUCUGAACGAUCAUAUAAUACAAACAUUUUGAAAAACUGGUGAAAUUGCUUUGAAGGAAUACACAAGUCCUUUCUCCAGGCUAAUCAACUGCAUCUGUAGAAUAUGGUCAAUUACCACAAUGUGUUAACUCAAAGCAUACUUUAAUAGAAGCCAGUGGUUAUUUGCCUCAGUACCUGACUAUUGGCUUCUGUUGCAAGAGUGACUCCAUGUGCUUUCUCUUUUCUUACUAAGCGCAAGGUAAAACGUCUGCAUUAUUGACCAUAGCAAUCGGCUGUAUGCUACAGAGGUUAGGCUGAAAAAGCAGGAGGAUUCCUUUAAAGCAGCUCACUCCAGUAUAAUAUGAGCCGUGAUAAUCCUUCCUCCAGAUGUUUAUGAACCCUUUUCCCCAGAUAUUGUGCACCGCCUGAUGCUCCUUGUGUGCUGGUGUAUAGAACAGGUGGUGUUGCUCCUGGAGAAAGCCUGUUCAUCUCUAUCUGAGCCAAUAACCCAAUGUGAUCCCUUAAUAGCACCCCAAACUAGAAGAACCACACCAAUAAUGUUUCUUUCUUUUUUUUUUUGGAAACAGUAAGCCGUGCCAGCAUCUAACUUAUUGUAUUAGUUAUACUGUUUAAGAUUUGUUUUUAAAGUGUGUUUUCCAAUCGUGUAUAUUAUCACUUAAUUUUAUUCAGCAAUACUUUUUGCCCCUGUUCUGAGCAUGACUUUUAGGCGCAAGGGAGUGUAUGCCUGUUUGUAUGUUUACAGCUUUCUGCAAAAAAAAAAAAAUAAAAUACAAAACUGGUCAAGUCAGCAGCAGGAUUUCCAUUAUGUUAUGGCCACAGGUUUUGCCAUGGGUGAUUAUUUUUGUUUUAUUUAAUUAUUAUUAUUAUUAUUAUGAUGAUGAUGAUGAUGAUAUUUUUUUGCAUGUGAUCCAUUUAUAAUACGAAAGGCAACACACUGAAGUCCUUUUGUGCAUGUAACAGAUUGGGCUCAUUCAUCAGUCAGAGCAGGUAACAACCUGUAAAUAACCACUGGUAGUAAAAUAAAGGUAAUUAUUUUUCAA